AUGAGGCUACCAGGUUCAAAAACAGAGACACCGGCACCGUCCGCCGACUUCUCGAAGUCGGAGAAUAAUGGACUCCAGGUUGGCCAAAAUUUCGGAACAAUGGAGGCUUCAUUCUACAGUGAUUCGAUUCGAGGAAUCAACAUUGCUGCAGGGGCAUCCGUAUUCAUGGGUGAACAUAAAACUGUUGAAGAUAAGCUCUUGGAGAUUCUUAUCGCCGGAGAUUCAAAAGAUAGAAUCGAUAUAGCUCAAGCAGCACGUGGAACAUGUGAAUGGAUCUUUCACAGCACCCCAUUCCGCAACUGGACCCGAGAUGAUUCCGUGGAAACUGGGCCGCUCUAUAUUCAAGGAACUCCUGGGAGUGGGAAAAGUGUGUUAUUGAAAUUUUUCAUCAAGGAAAUUGAGAAGAGAUUGCGUAUCGGCUCCCCAUCUCUUUCAUCGCCGGUGGACGAGGAUCCUCCUGCCGAGUUGGGUGUCCCCGGGAAGACCCUUGCGGUUGCAUGUUUUUGUGAUGACCGUAGUGAACAUCGACGCAGCCCAAUCUGGAUCUUAAGAACUCUGUUAUACAGACUAAUCCAGAAGAAUCGAAAACUGGUGAAGCAUGUGCAGAAGCACAUCCCAAAUGUUGAGGAUCUUGACACAAUGGGCUCUGAUUUGGAUGAGUUCCAGUCCCCUGAUAUUCUUCAAAAGAUUCUGGAAGAACUCAUCCCAGAUCCGGAGGUGGAAGUUGUUUACUUUGUCAUCGAUGGCUUGGAUCAGUGUGGGCCAUAUCUUCCUGCGGUUGUUCGACUGGUCAAUGAGCUUUCUACGAAGAUGAAUAGCGAAGCCAGAAAGCAGGGCCAACAAUUCAGCUUACGCUGCAUCAUCUCUGACCGAGGUAGUCAGAUCGUCCGCGACAAAAUACUCCCCAAGAAUAUUAUCGAUAUGCCAACAGAGAAUAAGCGUGAUAUUGAUGAAGUCACCGACUUUCGGGUGAAGGGCAUUCAAGAGUAUCGGAAUUUCAGUGAAAGCAUUCGGGAGACUCUAGCCGAUCUGUUAAAGCAGAAAUCUAAUGGCAUGUUCAUGUGGCUAUCUUUGGUUCUGGACGAUCUUGGCACUUGGGAGGGUGUCUGGACCGAAACUCGAGUCAAGGAGAAGCUUUGCAGCAUUCCUUUGGACGUCGCGACUUUUUACAAGUCGAUGCUUGAACGGCAACCGCGAGACUCUGUCAAAAGAUUGCAAAUGCUACUCAUGUGGGUCUACUUUGCAUGUCGACCCAUCACUCUGCAAGAGUUGGAGGUGAUUUUGAUCUUGCAGGACGAAAAGGAAUAUACUGGUCUGAAAAUUCCAGAUGAGGAUAUUGAGGCAUUAAGGCGUAACCUUGAGGGCAACUGGGGUGCUCUAUUUGCAGUUCGGGACAACUUCGUACACCUAAGUCACCAAUCCGUGAAAGACUUCUUAGCAGAUGUCUUCAGUGAUGAAGGCGUGAAGAACUAUCCAAAAUACGGCAUAAACCAGGCAGACGCACACCGACAAAUAGCAUCUACCUGUUUGACAUAUCUACAACUCGAGGAAGUUCAGGGACGGGAAGUCCCCACGCCUCCAGUCAACGGCGAAGGAAAGAUUGAUGAGUCGCAGCUUAUGGCGGUCAGACAAGCAUAUCUUGAUGGGUUCCCUUUCCUGCAGUAUUCGGUUGAGUUCGUUGGUCAUCAUCUGCGAGGCAGUCAAAUUGAAGAAGAAGCGGACGUCAAGGGCAUGGAAGAAUUCUUCGCCGUCAAUUCGACAGCCUUGUCUAGCUGGGUCCGAGCAUACGAUCUGCUGAAACGGUGGACAACCGGAAAGUAUUCGGGGUUCAGCAGCAGUACUAGUCUCCUCUUCGUCGCAGCACGCCUCAACCUUCCCUGGUUGGCACAGAAGUCGACAACAUGGGUAACUUAUGCCUCACUCCCUACCGCUAUAUGCGCCCCAGACUCGUCUGGUUGGAGUGCCAUUCAUAUUGCUGCGGAUUCGGAGGCCGUUGGAAUGGUGUCGUGGCUCCUGAAGAAUGGUGCGCUUGUGGAUGUCGAAACCCUUGGCCUUCCUCAUCUUGGCCGCACUGCCUUGCAUUUUUCUGCAUCCAAGCGCUCCGAGUCCGGUCCCCAAAUGGUCCAGGAGCUGCUAAAAGCAGGUGCGAAAGCGAACGUUCAGACCAGACAAGGAGGAAAUACACCGCUUCACUAUGCCAUCGAUGGUCGUUCAGUCAAGACAGUGAGGGCCCUACUGGACUCUGGUGCGGAUGUCAAUCUCGCAAGCAGAUCUGGUCUUACCGCUCUUCACAAAGCCGCGGCGAUUCCCGGUUUGGAAGAGAUUGUGGAAGUUCUCCUUGAAAAUGGCGCCGAUCCCAACAAAAAAACCAGCGUGGGCGCCGUCUCAGCGGCCCGAGGUCUCGCAAGUCUGAAGGUCUCUAGGUCAUUGUGGAACACAUAUUAUGCAGUCAAUACGUCUCAUACCGCACUGCAUAUCGCGGCCAAGGUCGCAGAUACAGAACGUACAGUCGAAGUUCUGUUAAAGAAGGAGGCAGAUCCAAAUUCUCGAGAUAGUUCUGGACGAACUCCACUUCAUAUUGCAGUAGUAGGGAUAAAGCCCGAGCCCAUCAUCAAGCUUUUGAUUGAACAUGGAGCCGACGUAAACCUACGGGAUACAGACGGCAAAUCCCCGCUCCUUGUGCUUCUGAUAGCCAUUUGCCUGCAAGCACAGCAUCAACCUCAGUUGUUGAAUGAUGAUCAUGCCUCGCAAGAACGAAUGAUUAUGAUGUUGCUGUCCGCCGGAGCGGAUCCACUUGCUGAAGGGAAUGACAAACAAUCACCUUUAAGUUACGCCACGCAGGGCAAGCUACAGUGGGCCUCGGAUCUGUUGGUGAGGAGUUCCAAUGGAGGGGUGGCUCCCAAGGCGGGCGAUGCCUCGGAUCAGAAAGGGGUUGAAGAAGAGGAGUCUCAAAGUGAACAAAAAGUAUCCAAAAAGGGGGUUCUUGAGACUCAAGCAUCACGUUGGCUUCCUAAGAGGACCAGAUGGUGAACUGUUUGGCGAUUUUAGGAGAAACCUGUCGAGUCAGUCUUUUUUUAAUUGGGAUCAGUUAAGUUGAUAUUCCAUUUGUGG